CUUUCGCUUUUCCAUAUAUAGGAGCAGCUCAGGGACUGACAGAUCAGGCUAGGUAGGGAUACAGACUUCAGGCACAUGCAUACUCCUUGCAUGUGUACACAGAUGCAAGCACAUGCUGUUUUCACACACUGAAAUUCAAGUUAGUGCAAGAGGUAAUAAGUGAAGACAGCGACAGUCCUGCUGAUAAAGAACCUUCUCCUUUAAGAGAAGACACUAAAGGUAGAACUCUUCAACCUUUGUUUAUAAAAAUCCAUCCGGAAAAGCAUCACAGUCAUGAAUGGGCCAGUGGAUGGUUUAUGUGAUUACACACUGGAUGAUGAAGGGACUUUCAUGUUCACAUCGGAGUCAGUGGGAGAAGGACAUCCAGAUAAAAUCUGUGAUCAAAUCAGCGAUGCUGUACUAGACGCGCAUCUCAAACAAGACCCAAAUGCCAAGGUUGCUUGUGAGACAGUAUGUAAGACAGGAAUGGUGUUGCUCUGUGGGGAGAUCACAUCUCAUGCUAUUGUGGAUUAUCAACGAGUUGUCCGAGAUGCAAUUAGACAUAUUGGCUAUGAUGAUUCAGCUAAAGGUUUUGACUACAAGACUUGUAAUGUUUUAGUGGCACUGGAACAGCAGUCACCUGAUAUUGCCCAAGGUGUUCAUCUACACAGGGAUGAAGAGGAUGUUGGUGCUGGAGAUCAGGGUUUGAUGUUUGGUUAUGCAACAGAUGAAACAGAAGAAUGUAUGCCUCUAACAAUUAUUCUUGCACAUAAGCUGAAUGCCAGGUUAGCAGAGUUGAGGCGUAAUGGAGAACUUCCUUGGCUGAGGCCUGACUCUAAAACACAGGUCACAGUUCAGUAUAUCCAGGAGAAUGGGGCAGUCAUCCCAGUGCGUGUUCAUACCAUUGUGAUAUCUGUGCAGCAUGAUGAAACCAUUUCGCUGGAGAAUAUGCGCAGAACCCUGAAGGAUUGUGUGAUCCGAGCUGUUGUCCCUGCAAAAUACUUGGAUGAGAAAACUAUUUAUCACCUUCAACCUAGUGGACGUUUUGUUAUUGGAGGACCUCAGGGUGAUGCUGGUGUUACUGGUCGAAAGAUCAUUGUGGAUACUUACGGUGGCUGGGGAGCCCAUGGAGGCGGUGCCUUUUCUGGCAAAGACUAUACGAAGGUGGACCGAUCAGCUGCGUACGCAGCCCGUUGGGUGGCCAAGUCUCUUGUGACAGCCGGGCUCUGUCGCCGUGUUCUGGUUCAGGUUUCUUAUGCCAUUGGGGUUGCGCAUCCACUGUCUAUUUCACUGUUCACUUAUGGAACUUCCAAAAAAACAGAGAAAGAAUUGCUGGACAUUGUGCACAAAAACUUUGAUCUUCGACCUGGAGUCAUUGUCAGGGAUUUGGACCUAAAAAAGCCCAUUUACCAGAAGACUGCCUGUUAUGGUCACUUUGGAAGAAAUGAAUUCUCAUGGGAGGUGCCUAAAAAACUUGUGUUUUGAUAUUAGCAGUCACCCGUUGAAAACAAAAAGGAAGAGGAGUCCACUAAUUAUGAGGAUGCUUCCAAAAAUCACAUCUGACAGCUUUGUGUUCAACAAAAGGAAUUUUAGAUUUUAAAUGGAAAGAAAGAAAAUGAUAUUUUCUUGGAAAUUGAUUAUUUUUAGCCCUCAGUGUCUUUCGUUAUCUAAGAUAUAAAGGACAGUCUGUUUUUUUUAAUCAGCAUAAGACAACAAAAUACAGUUUACUUUUUAUUGCUGCUCUGUUGGUUCUUUUGAUAAAGGCAAAGUAUGACUCAGGUACGCAAACCAAUGGCUGAACCUCAAACCUUUCGUGGGCAAAGGCGAGACGACUUUCCCAACUCUGACUAAGGAUCAGCAGAUCUCUUGCUUCUAAUUAGACAAGGGGAAAUUCUGGGGUCCGAUUUCCUUACUGGAGUUUGCAUUGCAUACAGCUGGGGGUUGCUUUGAUAGGAGAAGGCUGAAUAUCACAUAACUGUAUUUUAGCCUCUUCUGUAGAAGAUGUUAACAUAUAGGUAAUAUUUAAAUCACCUUCACUGAAUAUGUGCUGUUACUGUUGUGUUUCAAUUACCUGUGUUUUUGAAACAUAAGUGUUCUCCUAUAAAACAUCAAUCAUUGAAUAAAAAGCUUUUUCCUACCGUAUAUGUAAAGAUGCUUCUUUUUCUAUUUUUUUUUAGUGCUACAGUAUAAUGUCCAUCUCAACUCAGCCUCUUACACUCUUGAAGGAUUUUAGUUUGCCAAGAUAAUUGAAUUUUAUUAGAUUUUGGAACUGUGAUACAACUUUAUCUUUCACUACCUGUGUGAUCUCUGUUUAGUCCUUGUAAUUAAUCGAGACUUGGUGAAAAAGCAUUAGUUUUUUAUUUUUAACUCUUAGGUUUAUGCUAUUCAGUAUUCUCUCAUAAUUUUUGUUCCCAAAAUGUCAGGUUUAUUGCAUGGCUUACUGGGUUUGAUGUUUUGUAGAAUAAAAUAAAGUGCAUAGAAAUAAUGUAUAGCAUGAGGUUAAAAUUUGGACCACUACCCUGUCCAGUGGUGUCUCACCGAAGAACGAGCCACUAGAUGGCUGUAUGUCCCACAGCUGUGGGAGCCAGUCUGUGCCGAAAGCAUGUCCCUGUUUUUGUCAGUAUUCGGCUACUAAAUCUGGGUACCGACACCCUGUUACUCCUGUUGCAGAUAGUGAUGUCCAUGAUGGAUUGAAUAUGACCUAGACUGAGGACAACUACUUUUUGCAAAGGACAGUGGAUUAAUCCCAGGUUUGUUUAAACUGGGAGGGUGUUGAGAUCGCAUUUAUGCUCUCUGAUCAGUUUGGUUUGUCAAUAGGCAAAAAGGAUGAAGGUAAUCCUGCAACACAAGGGUUACGUACAUGUGGCCCCCAAAAGUCACUUAAUCCUAGCCUUGUGGCAUAAGCGGCAUCCUGUUAAACCUUUUACCCUGGAGAAAUGCUGCCACCCCAUGUUUCUCUCCUAACUAAACUCUUUUGGAUUCCUUUGAACAGUGUCUUCCAAACAGAUGUUGAGAUGGAGAGUGCCUGUGAUGAUCAUGAAAGAAAAGGUGCCAUUCAUUCUCUUCAAGUAUGUCACAAACACACAAACUUCCGUUCAAGCCAGAAGUUGCUCCACUUUAUUAAUGAUGUGAAAGAGGAGAUGAACAAAUAGUAGGUUUAUGUGUAACCCUCUCCUGGACUUAGAGCAUUAAUCAGUGGCCCUCUUUGGAUAUCUGGAUAUAGAUUGGCAGAAAAAUAUCUGAAAGUGCAGCUGCAUCAUCUUAAAGAAUUUUAUUGGCAAAAAUUUCACAGGGACAGUUUUCCCUACUGCGUAUUGCUCAUCUUGAAAGAAGAAAGAGUUGUGUGUGUCAACUUCAAAAAUGUAAACUGCUUGGAGCCAGGUCCUAUCAGUCUGCCUAGAAAUAUAAACCUUGGCCUUCAUUACGAAAGACGUCCUAAUGAACUUUUAGUUAUCAGUAACAUAUCUACAAAGGCAUUUUAUUACUAAUAACAGGGAAGUCACCAUACAUGCUGCCAUAGAACUGUUUUGUAGAAGUGUUACAGUCCUGCACAUUCCUGUUUAUCAAGACUUCCCUGAGCUGACGUAAGACGGCAAUCUUCGUUGAUGUGAUGGAAGCCUUGCCACUUCUUCAGAAUCUCCUGCUCAUAAUGUGUUAUGCUACAACUAGCAGAAGCAAGUGAAUGAAAAAUAAAUAAAAAGAUACCUGGAAAAGGGCUGUAUAAAUAAAUGUGUUCCAUAACAUAGCAUGAAA